AUCAUCAUCAGCAGCAUCAGCAUUAUCAUCUAGUCAAAUGAAUGAUAUUAUAGAUGAAACAAAAUUACCAUUAUUAUACAUUGGUGAAGUUGAUCUUACCAAUCAUCCUGAUUGUAAUCGUUGGUUAGAACCAUCAUUAUUUGAAUGUCAACAUCGAUAUGAAAAUCAUAUUUAUCGUAAAAUAUCAGAACGUUAUGAAUUAUUUCAUCGUCGUAAUCAAUUAUCAGAUAUUCAUCAUUAUUAUCAUACCACUACUACCAGCAGUAGCAGUGCUAAAAAGAAAGAUAAAAAAGAAUUUAAAUUUCAAAUUAGCCGGAAUGAUGAAUAUAUUAAACAAGCAUCUUGUUGUGGUAUGUGGCAUGCACGUGAUUGUGUUAUACGUCGAAUUAUUGAACAAUCGUCAUCAUCAUUGCAAUUACCGGAUGAUUGUCCAAAAAAUUUAAUCGAAUUAUAUCAACGUUUACCCAAUGAACCAUCAGUACGUGAAUCGGUUUUGGAUUAUUGUUCGGAAUAUAGUGAUGGUUCAUCAAUUUGUCGCCAAAUUUCAUCAUCAUCAGAAUCAUUUCAUCAUUGUCCACAAUUGUUUAUUAUAUUUUCAUCGAUUAUUAUCUGGUGUAAGCUAUGUUUUGAAAAUCUUCUCCUUUAUUCCUAA